UGGCAGGCGCUGGGGAGCGGCGGUGGGGGUGUAGGAGGAGGCUGGCCGUUCUCGGCGCUUGCUGGCAGGCGGUGCAAAGCACGGCGAGGCCAUGGCCGCCUGUUAAUGGGGCAGGGGAGCUCGCGCGGGGUCGGCGCUCGGAGGCGUGGUGGGACGACGACGACGACGACGAUGCUGGCCGGGGAGGCCGACCGGUUGCUGCGAAGCCAGCGCAGACCAGGCACGGAGCCGCGGCAACUGCUAUAGGCGCCGCCAGGAGGGGAAGAAGAAGGGGACGAGCAAGCAGGAGAAGCAGCAGAAGCCCCCCUCCCCCGGCUGGGGCCGAGACGCAUCGCAUCGGGCCAGUCUGCAGCACAAUAAUUGAAAAGAAGCAGAAUGGCUGCAAAGGAGAAGUUGGAAGCAGUAUUAAAUGUGGCCUUGCGGGUCCCAAGCAUUAUGCUUUUGGAUGUCUUGUACAGAUGGGAUGUCAGUUCCUUCUUCCAGCAGAUCCAAAGAAGUAGCCUCAACAACAAUCCCCUGUUCCAAUACAAGUACUUGGCUCUUAACAUGCAUUAUGUGGGUUAUAUCCUAAGCGUUGUACUACUAACCUUACCCAGACAACACCUGGUUCAACUCUACCUGUAUUUUCUUACUGCACUGUUGCUGUAUGCUGGGCAUCAGAUCUCCAGGGAUUACGUGCGGAGUGAGUUGGAAUCUGGCUAUGAAGGGCCAAUGUACUUAGAACCUCUGUCCAUGAAUCGUUUUAUGACAGCCUUAAUAGGUCAGCUUGUGGUGUGCACGCUUUGCUCCUGUGUAAUGAAAACCAAACAGAUCUGGCUCUUCUCUGCUCACAUGCUCCCUCUACUGGCACGGCUUUGCCUUGUCCCCCUGGAAACGAUUGUUAUUAUCAACAAAUUUGCUAUGAUUUUCACCGGCUUGGAGGUUCUCUACUUUUUGGCAUCUAAUCUUCUAGUACCAUAUAAUCUUGCAAAAUCUGCAUACAGAGAACUUGUACAGGUGGUCGAGGUGUAUGGCCUUCUGGCCUUGGGAAUGUCUCUGUGGAAUCAGCUUGUGGUCCCUGUUCUCUUCAUGGUCUUCUGGCUUGUAUUGUUUGCUCUUCAGAUCUACUCCUACUUCAGCACACGAGAUCAGCCCGCCUCUAGGGAGAGACUUCUCUUUCUCUUUCUAACAAGUAUUGCAGAAUGCUGUAGCACUCCCUAUUCUCUCCUGGGCUUGGUGUUUACAGUCUCCUUUGUUGCUCUUGGAGUUUUAACCCUUUGCAAGUUUUACCUGCAAGGCUACCGAGCAUUCAUGAAUGAUCCUGCUAUGAAUAGAGGGAUGACUGAAGGAGUCACACUUCUGAUUCUAGCCGUUCAGACUGGCUUAAUAGAGCUGCAAGUGGUCCAUCGGGCCUUCCUGCUCAGUAUUAUCCUCUUCAUUGUGGUUGCAUCCAUCCUGCAGUCAAUGCUUGAGAUCGCCGAUCCUAUUGUUCUAGCUUUGGGAGCUUCAAGGGACAAGAGCCUCUGGAAACAUUUUCGUGCUGUUAGCCUGUGUUUGUUUUUGCUGAUCUUCCCAGCUUACAUGGCCUACAUGAUCUGUCAGUUUUUCCACAUGGACUUCUGGUUGCUGAUUAUUAUUUCUAGCAGCAUACUCACCUCUCUUCAGGUACUUGGAACACUUUUCAUUUAUGUUUUGUUUAUGGUCGAGGAGUUCAGGAAAGAGCCUGUAGAAAACAUGGAUGAUGUCAUUUAUUAUGUGAAUGGUACCUAUCGAUUGCUGGAGUUCCUUGUAGCACUCUGUGUCGUGGCAUAUGGAGUAUCAGAGACUAUCUUUGGAGAGUGGACGGUGAUGGGCUCAAUGAUCAUCUUCAUUCAUUCCUAUUACAACGUGUGGCUCCGUGCUCAGUUGGGAUGGAAAAGCUUUCUUCUUCGCAGAGAUGCUGUGAAUAAGAUUAAAUCACUGCCUACUGCAACCAAAGACCAGUUGGAACAACACAAUGAUAUCUGUGCCAUUUGCUAUCAGGACAUGAAAUCUGCUGUCAUCACCCCUUGCGGGCAUUUCUUCCAUGCAGGCUGCCUUAAGAAAUGGCUGUAUGUGCAAGAGACCUGCCCCCUGUGCCACUGCCAACUUAAAAACCCUACUCAGCCCCCAGGACUUGGAUCAGAACAGGUGCCACAGCCAAAUCCUGGAGCAGAUCAAAACACCGUUCAGCGGGAGGCAACAGAAACUCCUGGUGUAGAACUCCAAAAGGUGGCAAGAGAUGAACCUGUGGACAGUGGACAGGCUGUCAAAGGACUGGGUGCUCCGCAGGACUCUUUGGACACCAAGGAUGGGCCUGUCAAUCCAGAUGAUGCCUCUUCCUGUGAGGUCAGCCUGGCAGAAAGUGCCAUGGAAGAACUGGCUAAAGAACAGGAAGAGAUUGUAACACAAGGCCUCAGGGGUUGCAUCCAGAAUUGAACUAGCAGAGGAUGGUACAAGCAACACUCCAGGGUCCCAAGACUCAGUAGAUCCUUUGCUGUCUUGAACAAGUUUAACUCUCAGAAUGCUGGCCAAAAUGUAUUUAUAAUAUCCCAUGCUGAUUUCUGUGAGCUGCUUGGUUUACAGGGCUGCCAGUGCAAUCCACUGGAAACUAUUUUAGAAGCUUCUGCCAUGUUGCAAAAAGGGGCGGAUACUGAGAAAUCACAGUUGAGUAUUGUCAAAAGGGAAAGUUGUAAGAAAAAUAAGAGGGGGUGGGGGUGGGGAUGGGGAUGGAGACUGCCAAGUUGGGGAGGGGAGACAGUGUUGCUUAAAUGGAGAAGGGAGAAUCAAAUAGAAGAGGGAUGUGUUUGAACCUUUGGGCUUGAUCUCUGUGUAAUGGUGAGAGCUCCUCCAUGAUCAUUGGCACAGAUCCUGUAGAGCACUGAAGGAGAAAUCUAGGAGUCCCAGCAUUGAUUGCGUUGGGAGUGGUGCUUUGGGCAAGUUGGGUUAGGGCAGCUGCAUUUGCAUUUGUGUAAUCUAUAGCAACUCUCGACUUUUUACAGCAGAGCUGUCAAUACUUUUAACGUUUUUUGUUAGGGACGUUCUGAGCAGCAUGGGCUGUGUGAGGUGAACUAAAGCUCCAGUGAACUCUCUUGAAUCCACCAGUAGAGCGGAGGAGAGAUGUGGGAGGAGCUUUAGGAUGCUGAUUGAAGCCUCUCAGUGCUGUACAGACCGGUGCUGUGUCUAACUUCUUGCAGCUGAAUUUAAACAGUAUUAAUCUCUUGGCAAUAUUUGCACCUUUUGGGAAUGAGUACAUAAUCUGUAUGAUCAAAUGCCGCAAAUGCCACUCCUAAAGCUGUUAAUAGGUUUUGCACCUUUUUUCCUUCUGUUUUUUUUUCCUUUGACAACUAUGUGUGUGUAUUUAAAUUUUUACAUUCAUCAUGGCUUUCAGGUAGAAAUAGAGAUUGGGGGAGGGAUGGGAGCUGGCAAUUUUUUAUGUGAAUUUUGAUAUGAAAAGGAAAUAGUCAUUUAUUUAUACACUAGGCUUGGCUCAAACUCGUGUUUUUGUUUUCCUCAAAAGUUGUGUUCCUAACGUGAAAUGUGACAUUAUUUUAUUUUUAGUAGUGAAUUUGGAUGUAGACUGACAGACAUAACUGAAUGUCUCAAUAAACUACAUUUGAAGAUUUUUUUA